AUGCCCCUCGAUUCGGAAUCGCAGAAACGUCUCCGGAAUAUAACCGCUGGCAUUGUAGAAGCCACCAACAACCGCAACUUCGAUCUCAACUCUACGCCUUGGAAAACAUGCUUCGCACCGCAAUUCCUGGCCGGACCUUUCCCACCUACCAUGCCCCAGAAACUGACCCUCGAGAAAUGGCUGGAUCACCUCGCUUGGGAAGCCAGUCAGGCUCCGGAAUGGAAGAUUGAGAUUUUGGAUUCCGAUCCUGUGCCUGGUCAGACGAAGAAUUCCGCUUCGUUGUACUUUAACUUUGGGGCCACUGGAAGAGUUCCUGAUGGGAUUCAAUGGAGGAGCGUGGGCGUCUUUGAUUUUCAAUGCUUUUCGGGGGAAUGGCUUGCGAUAGCUUAUCGCGGAUUCGAUGGGCAUGGAGGAGUUGAGAUGUUCUGA